GAUGCCUCCGCCCAUGCUUCGUUUUAAUGGGCAAGGUCCGCGCGUCUUGCUGCUUCGGAAGCUUGGUGUGUGUGACCGGUGUGGCAAGACCUCGACUUAUAAAUGCUGGGCGAACGAUUCCUGACGCACCCAACAAGCCUCAUCCCCUCAUCAUUCCAGGUAGCGGUGCGUUGAUUGGUGCCUUUUUUUCAAAAAGGGCGUACCAAAUUCAGAAGCGGCUCUUUGUACAGUCGAGAUACUUACCGAGUUGCUCUGGUUAGUCUCGAGUUGCGUCACUCUUCACGCCCGUCAGAGUCCGCGCGCUCAUCGUCGCUGCUCCGAUCCUCCAUAUAGCGAUUUCGUCAAGCCAGAAGUUCUAUGCCGACGCGCAACAUGCUGCUCGAUGCAGUGUGGCUUUGCACUUUCCUCCUGAUGGGGUUUGGAGUCUCGGCGUUGAAGCCUUUUCCCGGCAAACGCCUCGUGGAUGGUGGUGAAGCCGUGUUCAAAUACCAGGUGCGCGCCCACAUCAGCAAUGAAGACGUCCUAGAAUCCAGGAAUGCAGUCUACGCUUUGAAAAGAAGAGGUUUGGGAUCCUUGAUCUGCUGCAAGGCCAUGCCAGAAGUGGAAGAAGCUGCGCACACUCACAAGUGGGCAGAGAUCGAGCACCUCCACGAGAAUCCGCCCCACGUAUCUUUGGCUAUGACGUCCAAGUCAUCCACCUUUCGACCUAUCCCUAAAGAGUGGCAAGGCACGCAGUACAUCAACCACCCCUACGUCAUCCCAACGAAAGCCACAUCCCUGAAGGUCGACCCUUCGCAGAUCGGCGCACACGUCACCGGCUCACUCGGCCCGACGGACGUGAGGCUGGAGUCUGGCAAUCAUGAUUGGCACGUCAAGCAGAAUUUCGCCGAGGACAUCUACGGUAACCUACACCUCACCAGCCACGAGAUCACAAAGGUUCCCCACACAGACACACAUCUGCCCAUGGAUAAGCUGCCUCCAGGACCAGACGGUGGAGAAAUGAGGCCUCCGAAGCAGAUUCGGCGCCAUACGACCGAAAGACCAGAGCUCGUUCGAGAUAAAGAGCCAGCGUCGCACUCGACGUACGCGGGCGACAAGACGUGGGAGUGGAACAAGGAGCCCAACGAAUUGAAAAAACGGCCGUCCCAGGACCUUCAUCUCAAGUUUCACAAGUACGCUCCCAUCCAUUUCCGAGAGGUCAGGCAGUACCAUACCGAGGUCGCUGGCCAGCCCACCUUCGUGGUGACAAAAGAAGCUCGCCAUCCACCCUUGCCAGAGCAGUACGCUGAGCUCCCAAGCGCUAGUUCAAAGCAUGGACAAGAAAGAGAUUCCAACGCUGGCACUUCCAUGGCUGACGUGCCUAGCCGGCAGAGCAAGCUCGUGCCUUACGAAAAGAAGCGCUUGCCAAGCUUCUUUUGAUCCAGCUGUGCAAAUCUCAUCGUCAUUUACGCCCUUUUCCGCCGCGUGGUCUUGACUCUAUCCGCCAUCGUUGUCGAAGGCGUCGUAUCGCCGUGGGCGUUCUCAGCAGGGCUACCUGUCUGCGCCUGAGAGGAAGGUCGCAAUGGACUGCUGGCCUUUCCGUGCGGCGUUGGCCUAUGUGUGGGUUCUUUGCCAGCGCUAGCAGAUUCAAGGGUUUGAAUGCGCCUCGAUACUGGCCUUCGCGGUCGAUGAUAGCUGCUCGUGUCAACUUGCUUGAGUAGCAUUGGUGUAAGUGUCUCAGUUUCUGGCUGUGCAGCAACGAGAGGAGCAGCCGGAGGUGUCGGAAUGAAAGGCUUGGCGUCG